GGACCACAGAAGAACACCCAUCUGCCCAAUGUUGAAUCAAUAUAUAGGUGCCAGAGAUUCUAGCACAACAUUUCUUCGCAGUCGCCUUUGGAUGCCUUUUGCACCUUUCUUUCAUUCCUUUUAAUUCAUUCUUCUAACUAUUCAUUCACUCAUUAUAUUUUAUAUCCUAUGUAAUCGUUUACUUCCAACAAUUUUCGUUUCGCAUCUUUCUACAGUAUUGUUUGCAUCUGCAAACAUGCAUUUCAUCAAUGUUUCAACUGGUCUUCUCCUCCUCAAUGCCUUUCUUUCCACAACCGCUAUUCCUGUUCGGUGGGUUUCCUCUUCUUUUCCAAACCCACAUAUUGUCAACUAACUUUCGACUAGACCCCAAGCUGCAGUACUGGAAGUGCGAACACUUCCUGUGGAUACGGUUGGGUCCCAGGCGAAGCUUGCAGAGCUCCAGGAAAUGAAGACGAUUAGUCAAGGCCCACAAGCACAAGCAAAUGGGUUCGCACCACCGGAGUAUUGGGAUGGUGAAAUCGCAAGGGUCUCGAAACUCUUGGAGAUUACGAGGGGGCUCAAAACCAAACGAGACCUUCAAGUUUGGACAUCUCGAACUGUGACGGAGCUUAAGGCGGUACUCGCUGAUAUCAAACGCUUGAAAGAAGAGAGUGAGAAGGAAGGUGCCAACGCCAAAUUGCCACCUUCAUAUUGGGAUAGCCAAUGGAACGCGGUCAACAGAAUUUUGCAGAUCGUGGAGGGUGCGAAGACCCCCAAAACCAAACGAGAGCUUGAAGACCGGGCAGCACCAGUCGUUAUAUCCUUUGAGGCAGCUCUUGCAAAACUCAAGCAGGCGAAAAUCCGGAGUGAACAGGAACGUUCAUGGCCGCCACCGACAUAUUGGGCUCGUGAAAUCAAACAUGCCGAACACCUAAUAGCGAUUCAUAAAUCGCUGAAGGCGGGGGCACCAAAAACACGAGACCUAGAAGCUCGGGCAGCACCAUUGGAGGCACCCAUACUUGCUCUCAAAAACUUUUACAAUGCUCAGCGUAAAGAGCUUGCCAAACUCCAUAUAGUUGUGCUUGAGGAGAAGCUCGCGAAGCUCAAGCUCAAGGAGUCGCUAAAGGAAAGCAAAGGCAAAUCCAUGUCAUUCAAAUCAAUCUCUUGGAAUCGUCGGGUUAAAAAUCCUAGGAAGCUGGAGAUAACGGCGAUUGAGGAGAAACUCAAAAAUGAGAAGGCGAGUUAUGAAAAGUAUUGGCCGUCAUCGCCACAACCACACAAACCAGACCUUGAAGCCAGGCAACCGCCAGCAGGAAUGGCUGAGGCCGCCGCUCGUCUCAAAGAUCAAUUGUAUUUUGGAACUUACUCCGCCAGUAAGCUUUCUGUCUCUCACUUUGAGAAGGAGAUUGGAAGCCUCAAGGCCAAGGCAGCACGACUACAAAGUGAAGGCGCAACUUCGGUUAGUGACCGUAAAGCUUUAAAGAUUACAAACAUUCGGAUACAUACGGCAGAGAAGGGACUCGCAAAGGCCAGGGCCACGGAGCAGUCAGGGCCAUCAUCACCACACAAACGAUACCUUGAAGCUAGGGGACCACCAUUACCAGUACCAGGGACUGCUGCGAAUAGGGCUCGUCUUAAGGAGGAGUUUUAUGCUGGAACCAAAAUCGCUCAUGUGACCGCUCUUGAGCUCUUGGAAGAGGAGAUUGCAAGGCUGAAGAUCCAGGCGGCGAACCUACAGAACAAACCUGAACCUUCAUGGUUAGAUGGUCUUCGUCUAAGGUUUAAGAAUGCGCAAAUAGUGUCAGUGGAGAACGUGCUUAAAAGGCUACGAGCAAAGGAGUCAUCAUCACCAGAGGGGCCAUCAUCAUCGCACAAACGAGACCUUGAAGCUAGGGGAGCACCAGUACCAGGGGCUGCUGCGAGUAGUGAGCGUCUUGGAGAGAAGCUUUAUUUUGGAACCAAAACCCCUUAUAUGGCCUCUCUAGAUCUCUUAGAGGGGGAGGUUAGAAGGCUUAAGAUGCAGGCGGCGAAGCUACAGAAUAAAGCUGCACCUUCGUGGAUAGAACGUCAACGUCUGAAUUACUGGAACCAGAAAGUAGUGACAGCAGAGAAGGCGCUUGAAAAUUUCCGAGCAAAGGGGUUAUCAUCGCACAAACAAGACAUUGAAGCUCGGGGCCUACCAUCACCAGGGACCGCUGAGUAUCUCGCUCGCCUUAAAGAAGACUUCAAUCUUGGAAAAGCGUCCGCUCAUGUGACCUCCCUCGGUCUCUUGGAGAACCAAAUGGCACAGCUCAAAAUCAAGGCGACUCAAUUACAGGGAAAAGUUGAACCGUCGUUUUACGAACAACUACUUCUCACGUUCACAAACAGGCAAGUAGAGACGGUGGAGAAGGCGAUCGCAGGGCUACGCGCAAAGGGGCCAUCACCACCACACAAACGAGACCUCGAAGCCAGGGCAUCAGUACUAUCACCUGAUCAGGCGGCUCGCCUUGCUACAGCAAUCAAAUCUCUGCAAGCGUCUUCGAACAAACUGGCAGCGAAUAGGAAUCGGGUGCCUGCUCUUGUUGCCCCCCUCAAAUCUCUAGAUACGUCUUUACAGAAGUUGCACAAAAGCCUACUCAACCUACAGACCAAAGCAGGCAAAAACGUGGCCUUGCAACCAGUAAGUAAAAAACCACCAGUCUUACCACUACAAAAACGAGACCUUGAAGCGCGGGGACCAUCACCGAAUGUCCUGGGUCCACUUAUGGUACCACUUAAAUCUGUUCAACAAGCAUCACUCAAGAUUGAAAUAGCUCUACUCAAGGAGAAUAUCGCAUCUUCCAAGGCCUACUUGGCACAAGCACAGCUUUCCCCCCCGCCAAAAUUUGGUAUAGACCGUAAUCCUGCGAGGGCCCAGCUAAGGGGAUUUGAGAAGGAGCUCGCAAAUCAGGAGGCGAAGCUUGCAAAGAUAUCCUGGUCACCACCACACAAACGGGGCCUUGAGGCGAGGGGACCAACCCCAGCGGAAGUGAAGGCAGCAAAGGAGCGUCUCAAUGCGGCACUCGAUCGCAUGAGUGUCACCUUGAACAAGUUUGAGAUAGGUAUUAUUGAGCACAACCUCGCUAAUAACAAGCUCCGGGCGUCGCAAUUACAGAGUGGGCUCACAAACAAGAAGAUACUAUCGUCCUCAGAACAUUCGACUUUAAAAACCUUGAGCGCCGACAUCAAGACACAAGAGGGAAUGCUUAAAAAGCUACGAAAACAGCCACACAAACGAAGCCUUGAAGUGAGGACACCACCAUUACAUGUGCUUGAAGAGAAUCUCGCCAAGGCCAACAUUGAGGUGGCGCACUACAGGACUCAAGCCAAACUUCCGGGUGCAUCGAAGGAGGCUCGUCAACUAGCAAGUGUUGCGACCCUUGGGUUGAUUAUACAGGAGGCCAAAGUUGCAAGGCUAGGUGGGAAGGCACACAAACGCAGCCUUGAAGAGAGAAGUCUACCAUUGCUCAAACCCGACCUGAGGAUACAUCUCCUAGAUCUCGAGAGUAUGAGAACCACCAGUCUCAACCGAGGUCAGCAUGACGCAGUGAACGAUUUCGAUGACAAAAUUCGGCUUGUCAAAAGCUUUUUAUAUGGGGGUCCGGUACAACCUCAGACCCCGAAGGGCCUGAAGCCCCCAAAGGCCGAAAAGGGCAAGGCCAAGGCCUCAACAUCAUCGAGCAAAAGGUAGCACGCGUAGCAUAUAUGGACCCGGGAAUUUGAGGUACUGUAAUGAUAGAUAUGGGAGCAAAUUAUUUGUUGGGUGGGGGCGUUGUUUACGGGUGAAAUGUUUAAUGUUAAGUGUUAAGAUCUAUGAGGGUACGAAAAUUUAAAUUGUUCAUGUAUUUUUCUAUACUCUCUUAUUUAGUGACGUUUCUGUGCUUCAUGAAUAAUAGAGCGACUGAUUGUCC